GCAAACGCCCUUGCUAAGCCAUAACAGCAUCAUCAAUCAUCAUCAUCAUCACCCUCAAACAUCAAUUUACAUUAUUCCAGCUCUCUCUGUCUCUCUCUCCCCCUUUUCUUGCAUGCUAAGCUCUCUCGAUCCCUUUAAUCUCUCCAGUACUCCAAUUCCAAUAUUGUAUAUAAAGCCCAUUAACCACCCGCCAUAAGCAGCGAGCUCAAGCCCCCCAUAUGGCCUCCGCUUGCAUAUCCAGCUGCGUCAAUGACGCCCGAGUCCCUGUCCGCGCCACUUACGCCAACCUCUACAAGUGGCCGGAAUCCGACGCCGAGUUCGUCAGAUCUGUUAGCUCCAACGGCCGCCGAGCCGGAGACCUCGGUAGCGGCUACCGCGGCCACCCCAGGGUGGUGGACAGCAUUUCAUGCAGGCAACUGUAUCUGAGGAGCUACCCGUUCUCCAGGAAGGAGACGGUGCCGGAGAAGACCCGGAAGUGCCUGGAAAGAGUUCGAGAGAGAGUGGUGGUCGGAAGGAGAAAGAGAAAGGACUCUUCAUCUCCCGGUGGCGGCGGGAGGAAGUGCGCCGUCAGUGCGGCCUUGUGCUCGAUUUUCCGGCGGUUGCUGGAUUGCACCACCAAGGUUGAUGUGGUUGAAUAAUGAUCCAUCUAAAGACUUGUGUGUGAGUGUGCUUAAUUAAUUUUAAAUUUCUUUGUUACUUAAAUCAUGAACAGUGAUGGGUAAUAGGAACCAUGUAUUUCUUCUCACUCGGUACACAUAUAUGCUUAAGGACUGUGAAAUUUGUGAAUUGUGAUUGCCUAUCUGUCAAGUCAAGCCAGUUUCAUAUUUUAGCUUAGA